AUGAAUUUUAUGAAUCCUAAUUGCUUCAAAUAUUAUUAGAUAUGGCUUAAUAAAUUAAAAUACAUCAACAAAAAAGGUUAUAUUUAAAUGAAACAAUACCAAAAGUGUUUGGUUACAUUAUAUCAAUUAAAUCAAUAUCAAAUAUUUUUCGAUACAGCCAAUUAUAUUUUAACCCCAUUUCAUUAAUAUACUUCAACCAUUAAACCAGAUUACAAGUAAAAAAUAGAUGAAUAGGAAUAAAAAUUAAAAAAAUAGGAAAAAAUUGAUAAUACAAAUGAUUUGAUAACACAAAACAAUAACAAUUUAUAGAUGAAUAUAUGUAAUAAGAACAGAUCUAGCCUUUAGAUAGAAUAUAAUAUGUGAUUCAAUAUUAUUUGCCAAGUCAUUCUAAAAAUAUAGUUCUCAUGUUACCAAAUAUAAAUUAUUUGAUUGAAAAACAAAAGUUUGCUUCUCUAGUUCAAUUAUUAAAGAGAAUGUUCAGGUAUGAUUUGUAAUCGACUAUUCUUGAUAUUGAUUAAUUGAUUUAAGAAAUUUCUAGAAUUAUAGAGCUUUCAACCACCAAUGUAAAUUCCUGA